AUGGCAACUCUGCUCAUGGACAUACAAGACUAUAAAGCAGUACCAAAACCUCCUCAAAGUAUUCAUAGAGAGGUACAGGUACAAAUACCUGGAAAGGAACAACCACAAAUUUGCAGAGGUGGCAUAAGUGAUGAAGCAGUAAUUACAGAAUUGCAAAAUAUUUGGGCACAAUACUCCCUCAAUACAUUUUUGGAAUCCUUACCAGACAAUUACAAAGAAAUAAAUCCAAGUUUGCUACAGACAUCACUGAAGGAGCUUAGAGUUUAUGAGAGACAAGACAUAGAAGAAUGUCAAACUCUAAAAUCCUGUGUAUUAAUUGAUGAAAUUGAGAAAGAUCUCCAUGGUCUGGAAAACUACCAAGAAACACACAGCUAUAUCUCUGAGGCAAUACCUGAGCUAAAGCCCUUUUUGGAAAGUAACGUUGUCCCUGUUACUGGUGAUUGGCCCACUUGGUAUUUUCAUAAGAAAAUGCAAAGUUAUAUAAAUCGGUACCAACAUGGUAUCAGUAAUCAAAAUUUGCUUCAUUUGAGUGGCUUGGCAGCUGAGUGCAUACUCCAAAUAUUUGAGCGGGUUGCAUCAAAUCUAGGCAAGUCAAAGCGAUUACCAAGAAAACUGAAUAAGGCUGGAAAACCAUAUGGGAAAUCCAAUUACUAUCUGGCAAGUUUUCAAAAAGAGUUCACUAGAAAGAGCCUACCUCUUGGUUACAGAUGGCCAUCCUCUGAACCAGAUCCCAAUCUUGAGUGUGAUUCAGAAAAAUGUACAUUGCCAGUAAAUGAAUCUACAACAAAGCGUCUAACGUGUGGUCACACAUUUCAUCUUGCUUGCUUAGGCAAUACUGGCUGUUCCAUCUGUUUUAAACAUUUGAUGCAGGACAUAAACAAGGUUUCCGAAGCUUGGAACCUUCGCCUGUUGGGAAAUGAUGUUCAAGAUGACAACGAAAAUAACGUCAACCCUGAUACAGCCGAACAUGAUACUGAUGAUAUCGGUUCGUUGAUCUCGAAGUCCACACGAUGUUCCAAAGAUCCAGAUUACGUCAAAUCCGAAGUUUUUAAACAAUACCUCGCAAAUAAGGCGUCCAAAAUCGCAGAGCUUCUCAGUAAAACUAAGGGAUCGAAACCAAUCCAACUCGAAAUCGAAGAGUAAACACAUUUGGCAA